UUCCGCCUAAAAUUACACUUCCCUGCCCUCCCCUCUUCUCCUCCGCGGCCGCGGCUCGAACUUAAACCCUAGAGCCGCCCCCCGGCCGCUCUCGCGACCCCAAAUCUCAAAUCACCCGGAGGGAGCACGCGCGCGAAGGCAAGGUUUCGCUCAUGGCUCGCGUCUACGUGGGGAACCUGGAUCCGCGCGUCACGGCGCGGGAGAUCGAGGACGAGUUCCGCACGUUCGGGGUUCUGAGGAGUGUAUGGGUUGCUAGAAAACCACCAGGAUUUGCCUUCAUUGACUUUGAUGACCGCAGGGAUGCACAAGAUGCCAUUCGUGAACUUGAUGGUAAGAAUGGAUGGAGGGUUGAGCUGUCAACCAAAGCUGGUGGUGGACGUGGCCGAGACCGUAAUGGUUCUGAUAUGAAGUGCUAUGAGUGUGGUGAAACUGGUCACUUUGCACGUGAAUGUCGCUUACGGAUUGGUUCCGGAGGCUUGGGUAGUGGAAGGCGCCGGAGCCGAAGCCCUAGAUAUCGCAGUCGUAGCCGAAGCCGCAGCCGCAGCCCAAGAUAUCGGAGGAGCCCAAGCUAUGGCAGAAGGAGCUACAGCCCACGGGAUCGUUCUCCUAGGAAGCGGAGUUACAGUAGGUCUCCACCUCCUCGUGCACGGAGUCCCAGCAGGUCGCCUCCACCUGCUCGUGCACGGAGCUACAGCAGGUCGCCACCACCACCGCCUCCGAGAAACAACAGCAGCAGGUCGCCACCGGCAACCCGAGAACUGAGCAGGUCGCCUCCGCCACCACCUGCAAGAAGGAGCAGGAGCUAUAGCAGGUCCCCAGGGCAGCAGCCCCAGCGUGAUGAGUCCCCAUAUGGCAAUGACGCCUGAGAUCCUUAGCUGCUCCAAGAUGCUGGGAAAAUGUUAGGGGCCCCAGCAUGUUUUUCCCGUGCGCAUUGGUACAACUUCUGUAAUUCUAUAGGAUUCAAAGUCUUGCAUUUCGUUUCAGUGUUUUGUGUUUCCUGGGAGGACACCGCUGCUGAUACAAUUGUGGAGGCAGGAGCCUAUAACGUUUCUGUUUCGAGUUUUGACUGGAUGACAUUGGGCGCUUGUAGUUAAGACAAGAUCUGGUUCCUGUGAGAUUUGUAUUCCUAGAUUGCUUGGAAUUUGGACAAAA